ACGCUUGUCACUCGUGCUCGCGCUACAAUGUGUUUACGUUGUAAGUCAGGAAAUGUUGCUACCCUGUAAAACGAAUCUCGUCGAAUCUAGCAGCAUGAAACGUAUGGUACCCGAAGAAAACAGUGAAAGCAAACGGGCCUUUUUUAAACAAGAGUCUAUCAAUUUUGGAUACGAUGCAUCUUCGUACGCUAAUUAUUCAUCAUCAUCGUCUACACCCUCCACUAUCGCUCAACCUUUACCUGGACAGCCACCCUUACCCCCUAUGCCUCCACCACCAAAUGGAGUCCCACCUCCGCCACAUGUAUUUGGACCAGUGCCUUCCCAAGUAACUCCUAUUCAGGCAUGGACGCAUGCACAUACCCCAUGGCAGUGGAUAACACCACAAACGUCUCCAUUGCCACCUCCAACUCCUCACGAUAUCACUAAUACGAUCCAGAGAGAAAUUCCUCUAAGAGGUAACUACAUACGUCGCGAAAGGUUUCACAAUAGGAACAAUAUGUACGUCCAGAGAAAUAAUUUUCACCGUAAAAAUAGAAGAUUAGUACGAUAUGGACAGUCACAGGGCCAAUUUGAUCAAACUGCAUAUUUUGGUGCAACAUUGGCGGGUAAUCUCGGAUUAGAGUGGCGACGAAAUAAUUAUACUGCAACAGCGAAUGACACUUUAAUAAAUCAUGUAACCUCUCAUGUUCCUCUGCCUAAUCGUCCUAUACCUUCCAUACCAUCAGGAAUCACAAACAACAGGUAUGGCGAGGAAACAGAAGAUCAGGAUGUGAAAAUUGAGAAGGUAGUAAAGAAGAACAAACAAAGGAAAUCAAUGUCACAAAACUAUGUUAACAAACCAUGGAGUAGAGAAGAUGCGGAGAGAGCUCUGAAGAUUGAAAAUGAAUACAAUAUGAAGAAUAAAGUUAACGCGCAAAGCUUAAUAAUUAAGUUUCCGGAUACAGAUCUGAAUAAAGAUAUUGUUAGCAAGUUUCAUCCUGACAUAUUAAACAUACAUUUUCAAAAUCCGUGUGGGCCAAGAUAUUGCUUUAUUCAAAUGGCAGAAGAUGUAAAUAUUGAUGAAGCUAUAAAAGAAUUGGAGAAAAUUGAGUUUGGUGUGGGACGCUUGAAAGUCGAGAAAAAGUCAUUAAGAGAUGAAGAUAAUCCCGAAGAGAUAGAUCCUUAUACUUUAUUUAUAGGAAAUUUACCCGAAUUUGUUAAAACAAGCGAAAUAAAAAGUAAAUUUCCAAAGGCACAAGAUGAAGAGACUCGAAAGAUGAAGAAUACACGAAAUAUUCUUAUGAGAUAUAAUAGCGUAGAUGACGCAAUAUCGGAUUACAAACAAGCAUAUGGUUUAAUGUGGGACAAGAGAUGUAUUAAUGUCAGAUUUCGACGGAAGAGAGGUAAUACUUGUCUUUCCGAUGAACCUAAACCUGACGUUAAAAAUGUUAAAGAGGAGCUAAAUAAUGCUGCACAAAUAAAAAAAGAACGGAAUAUGAAUCACGCUGAACUGGAGCUUAAUGUUAACAAACUGAAGGAAGAAGAAAAUAACACUGAUGAAUUAAAGAAAGAUAAAAUCGAUCACGCAAAUAAAUCAACAAAUCAAGAUAAAAAUAGUAUAGAAGCAAGAUUGCAAGAUAAUUCCAAUAAAGCACAAUGCAAAUCAGUUUCACAAGUUAAGGAAAAUACAAACUCUUAUUUUUCUGAAUUGUCAACUUCAAUCAUGUCAUCUAAAACAGCACAGGAAGAACAACCUUGGACGUCACAAUCUUCUCAGAUAUCUUCAAUAUCGGAUGCUUCACCAUUACGACCAACCCAAGCUGAUACCGUUGAAGAAACAAUGAUACUUACGCAGAUCAAAGAGGAACCUAUGGAUUAUGAUGAUAUGGACAUGAGUAACAUGCAAUCAGACGUUGAUGAUGACGACGAUGACGAUGACGACGACGACGACGACGACGAUGAUAAUGAUGAUGAUGAUGAUGAUGAUGAUGAUGAUGAUGAUGAUGAUGAUGAUGAUAAAGAUGAAGACGACGACGACGACGACGACGAUGAUAAUAAUGUCGAGGAACCGGAUGAUACCGAUAAUGAUGAAGAUAACAGUGAGGAAGAAGUUGAAGAGGAUGAUGAGAAAGUUGACGAUGAUGGAAAUAUAGUUUUUGGGAUUAAAUCAUCGGGAACAGCACGAACUAAUGAAGAACCAUCAGAUCAUCUUGACGAAAUGUUUAUCGAAUUGGAGAAUAUGACAGGCGAUAUCGAUUUCCUGAAACACUGAAUGAAAUAUCAUUUCAAUACAUGCCAUCACGCUCUGACCCAAUUCUUUUUAUGAAAUAUAUUCUAUAUGUAAUGUGUAAAUAUUAAUAGCUGCGUAAUAUAAACAAAUGAGACUGCAUAUAAUUAAAUUCAUAGUAGCGUAAGUAAUUUUAGAGCCAUAUUUAAGCAUUUUGUAAUUAUUAUUUCUUCCGGUGAAUUUUAAUGAAUGCUUAAGUGUAUAAUUAUGUAAA